AUGCCUCCUACUCAACUACCCGAGUCGGGAAACCCUCUCGUCUUCUUCGACAUCACCAUCGGAGGUGAACCCCUCGGCCGCAUCACCUUUGAGCUCUUCAAAGAUGUCGUGCCCAAGACUGCCGAAAACUUUCGCCAGUUCUGCACCGGCGAGUCUAAGAACCCUGCCGGUCGACCCCAGGGCUACAAGGGCUCCAAGUUUCACCGCAUAAUCCCCAACUUCAUGUGUCAGGGCGGUGACUUCCUUAACGGAGAUGGCACUGGCUCGACGUGUAUCUGGGGCUUCAAGUCCUUCGAGGAUGAGAACUUUACCCUCAAGCAUGACCGACCUGGUCUGCUCUCCAUGGCCAAUGCCGGCCCCAACACCAACGGCUCCCAGUUCUUCAUCACCACCGUCCCUACCCCCUUCCUCGACAACAAGCACGUCGUCUUUGGCAAGGUGGUCGACGGCAUGGACGUUGUUAAGAAGAUGGAGGCCACCAAGACGGGUUACCGUGGCAAGGACGUCCCCAACUUGGAUGUGGUAAUUGCUCAGUGCGGUGAGAUGUAG